AUGGCUGUCCUCAUCCUCUUCCUUCUCUUCUUCAUCUCAAUACUAUUCUUGCUCUCUUCUCUCUUUCUAACAGGUGAUGAUCGUCGCCGCCACCUUCCUUUGCCUCCUGGGCCAAAGGGCUGGCCUUUGCUCGGCAACCUUCUUCAGCUGAACUCCAAGCCACACCAAACUCUCCAAACUCUAUCAAGAUCUCAUGGUUCCAACGGUCUUCUUCAUCUCCGCUUGGGCACCACUACUGUUAUUAUCAUAUCUUCUUCCUCAGCAGCUUCAAAGUGCUUUCGUAACCAUGAUGUCAAUCUCAGUAGCCGCCCCCCAAACUCCAUUGGUAAGCACAUCGCCUACAACUUCCAAGACCUUGUAAUGGCGCCCUAUGGGUUGAGGUGGCGAAUGCUGAGGAAGCUCUUCUCUGCACAUCUCUUCUCAAAUAAGGCUUUAAAUGACUUUCAGUAUGUGAGGGAUGAGGAAGUAAUGAGGCUUGUGCGAGACUUGGCUAAAAGGGAGACGACUGUAGUUGAUAUUGGGGAGAUGGUCAACUCGUGUGUGGUAAAUGCCUUGGCACGAAUGAUAGUUGGACGAAGGAUGAUUGUUGAAGGGGAGGAGGCGACGAAGUUCAAGGAAAUGGCUACAGAGAUGACGAGACUCGCAGGACAAUUCAAUGUUGGGGACUUUCUGCCAUGGAUUGACUGGCUUGACCUACAGGGGUUGAACAAAAAGAUGAAGAAAAGCCGUGAGAAAUUUGGUGAAUUCUUGGAAAAGAUCAUUGUUGAGCACAAAUUGAAGGCAGAAGAUGAUAAAUUUAAUGGCAGCAGUCGUGUUAAAGAUUUCUUAAGUCUGCUUAUUGAGAUGAAUGAAGAUGUAGAUGAUCAAGUGGAGCAAGAUAAGCUCACCAAUAUCAACAUCAAAGCAUUACUCCAGGACAUAUUUAUUGCAGGAACUGACACUACCUCCAUUACCAUUGAGUGGAUAUUAGCCGAGCUCAUUCGACAUCCACAUAUCCUUGCACGAGCAAAACAAGAGCUUGACUCCAUUGUUGGUCUCAAUCGCCUCAUCUCCGAGUUGGAUCUACCAAAAUUUUCAUUUCUUCAUGACAUUAUCAAAGAGAACUUUCGACUCCAUCCCACAGUCCCUCUCUCUGUCCCUCGCAUGGCAAUCAAAGACUGUGAGAUCGAUGGCUAUCUUAUUCCUAAAGGUGCUACCCUAUUUGUUAACAUUUGGGCUAUUGGUCGAGACCCCGUUAGUUGGCCUAAUGACCCACUUGAAUUCAACCCCGAUCGAUUCGGCCCGGGUUCCCUACAUGAGAAUGUUGAUGUAAAGGGGAAUGAUUUCGAGUUAAUACCAUUCGGUGCUGGGCGAAGAAUAUGUGCAGGGAUGAAUCUUGGUCUUCGUAUGGUUCCUCUUGUGACGGCGGUAUUGGUGCAUUCUUUUGAUUGGAAAUUACUAGAUGGCCAAAUGGCAAAUAUGAUUGAUAUGGAAGAGAGCUAUGGGGUAACAAUGCAGAAGGCAAGGCCACUUAUGGCUAAAGCGGUGCCAAGACUACAACCUGAAGCUUAUAUUUAG